AUGAGUCGGGCUGAGCCGCAUCGUGGCUUUCAGCAGGGAGGGAGAGGGGAGUCCGUAUCGUACGGCAGACGUCCACAGAUCUGGCGGCCCACCCACCACCACCACCAGCAGCAGCAGCAGUGCUUGCUCCGCCCUGUGUUUCGGGGACGCCAGCUGCCCCCACCAGGCGGCCUGAGCCUGUCCAACCACGUGUCCAACCUGCGGCAGCUGCGGCCAGUAGUCGGGGACGAGGGGCCCGAACCGGCCGCAGAGGAGGAGAGUGAGGAUGGAGAGGAGGACGAUGAGGAGGCCGAAAGUGGUGAGGAGGAGGGUGACAGCCAGGCGGGGGAGCGUCAGGAGGGGGGAGCCAUCGAGGGGCAGGACGACGGCGUAGUGCAUGAUGAUGUGCGUGAGGAGUGCGUAGGAUUUGUUGUUGAAGAUGGUGAGUGGGUGACGGGGCACACCCAAAGGGCAAGGCAGACAGAGGGACGUCUGGGUGAUGUCUGGCCUGACCGAUCAUUGUCCUGUUUGCUGUGUGUGUGUUGGCCUCUAUCGUCAGGUCGUUUGUUUGAGCGAUGCCGGGCGGCGGGUCAGGAGCACCCAGGCAGCCCGUCGCCACCGUCUACGGCUGCUGGCCAAGAUGACGCCUCGGACGGCUCAUCGCCGCUGCUGCCCCUCGCCGCCUCGUCUGACGCCGGCUCGGCACAGAUGCCCCUCGCCCUCGCCCACUCACCCUCAGCUGCAGGCGCGCAGCCAGCACCACAGGAGGCCAUGUCAGAGGAGUCGCGUGCCAUUCUGGCGGCGUUCCAGCCAGCUGGCCGCUACAUGGUGCGGCCCGUCGGCGAGACUCCCCGCUACGGCGUCAUCGAGGGCCACUGUGAGGGCCGUCGGGUGGUGCUCAAGGCAGUCGUCCCCGACGCCAUCAGGCGCGUCGACGAGGCCAGGAGGGCGCAGCUCGGCUGACGGCGCGC